AUGGGGCGUGUUGAGUUAUUGGCUUACCGUCCAGUAGAGAGCAGGCAAAUGGUCGUAGGGCAGGUAUUACUGGGGACGGCCGCGAUGCGCGCAGCAAUCAAUUGGCGAACCAGAAGUCCCUGGCAAGGCGAGCAACGAUCACUGGUUGUUGCGAGAAAGUCCCCCGACACCAAUGAGAUCGAACGGAGAUCUAGAUAUAAAUGGUGUUUCUCCAACGGAGAGGACUCGAUGGAUGAAACUGAUGAUGAUGCUGGAUCUAAUGGAAUCGCGAUUGAUGAGCAAGAGGAAGAGAGAGAGAGAGCGAGAGACAGAAAGAACGAGGAACCGCGCGACGCUGCUGAUGGCCUCAGGACUCUAUUACGCUUUCCUUACGCGGUAUCCUUAGGUAUUGGGGGGUCACAAUACGGUAUUACACGUGAUGUCGGCCUGACAUCGUCAUCAUCAAGUUUGUCGGUGAUGCACCAUGCGAUCUACAAUGGGAUACAUCUUCUCGAGUCACUCUGUCGCGAAUAUACUACAGAGCGUCUGAAAGAUAGUGACUUUCAGACAUGGCUAUCUCCGAGCUCAUCCGUCUUCAGUGUAAACUCCCCCAGAAGCGAGGCUAUGGCCCCCGCUGCGAGAUUGCUAAGUGGAACCUCUGCAGCCCAACGCUCAGAAGAUGGUGGGGAUAAGGAUAAAGGCAUCCACCAAGGAAGGAUCUUAGCCCAGUACUCAGGAGCCAUGACCGCCAAGUAUCACAUCACAAUCACUUAUCUACUGCCUGAGGCGAUCAUGAAGCAGCCAGUAAAAAACGCUAUAGGCGUCCUUGUGCCUGGACAAUGUGAUCAGUAG